AUUCAGACACUAUGCCAGAAAUCGGGGGGCAAUCGUCAAGUUUUCUAACCCCCAACUCUUCUUUCAUAUUCAAAAUCAAUUCAAAUCAAACAUGAAGAACAUCAUCUAGUUUCUAAUUAUAGCAGAUUUUCACCAUUUUCCCUUGCAAUAUCCCUACAAAUCCUACAAAUUCCCAUCAAUGUGCAUCAUUUUGUGACUAAUCCUAGUUCAAACAUGAAGAACAACAGAAUCUCUGCAUCAAAUCAUCAUAUUAAGAUAUAGAAAACGCAGCAGCAGAAUUCUCGAACUCCAUUGAAGGUAAAAGAUUUCAACAUUUCAUCUUCUACUUCUAUUGAAGCUCCAAGUGGUUGUCUUAGAUUCUUUCUUUCUCAUCAUUCUUCCAAUGUUUCUAAAAUUGUUAGUAAUCGAAGACCCAAAUCUUACGUUUCCGAUAAAACCCCUAAAUCAGCCCCUAAUAUUAGGAAUUUGAAGGGUGGAUUAAGUUAUAAUGGUGGAAAUUUAGAUAAUAAUUGCAAUAAUGUGCAAAACCCAGAAAAACCCAUGUCUAGAAAUGCUCAAAGGUUAAAGAAAAACCCUUCUCCUUCUCUCUGUCUUUGGAAAUCUGGUAAAAAAUCUUGCUCAAAAUCUCGUCAUUUGUGCAAAUUUUCUGCUGAUUCUGACAAUAAAUUUAGUGAAAAUACUGCAAUUUUUACUCCUGUGAAUAAUUUAGGAACUGGGUUUCAUCAUAAAACAGCCAAUUUGGGUGAAAAAGACCCAAAUUCUUCUGAUAAAAGUAGCCCAAUUCCAGCAAUUCAAGUUUCAAUUUCUCCAGAGAUUAAUGGUGGAUCAAAUUCUAUUGCAAAAUCAACACCCACCACUUGUUAUGCUGCUGGCCAUGUUCUUUCAGGUGUGAGUGAUAAGAGAAAAUGUAGGCCUAGAGGAUUACUCACCAUUGGGGAUAAUAACUUGUUUGGAUCCUCUAAAACUAUGGUGAUUGAUAGUAAAGAUGAAAAUGUCAUUGGGACCCACAAGUCUAGGUGUUGGGUUUCUCUUGUUCCUUCUUCUGAAGAUGCUUCAAUCCAUUGGAUUUUAUCUCCUUGUGACGAAGAACAUAAAAUUGGAUGGUUUUCCUCUGAAUUAGGAUCUAAGAGUAACAGUGGUGUCACCGAUAGUGAUGCCACCACUGUUACUCGUGUUAGUGGAAGUAAAAGCUCGGAGUUUCGAGCCCAUCCAUGGCCUUCAUUUGAUUGUAUGGUGCGUAGUCCCUCACCGACAUCUCCUAAUGUUACUGGUUUCAUGAUCGAAGCCUCCCCUGAACACGAGGGGAAUCCCCUCGAUGUUGAUGAUUCGAUAGGAAGUGGAAAUGUUAUUCGAACUCCACAAUCGAGUUCUAGUUCACAAAGUUUUGGAUUCUCGCAUAUGAGUCGAGAUGAGUUAUCUCGACUUUGGUUUGAAUGUGAACUUAACUCGGUAAUUGAAGUUCUUCGAAGAGUAAGCUUAUCCCCGGAAUGUGAUUUACCUAAGACAAGUUUCGAGUUUAACCCACUGAUUAAACUCAAUAGUUCUAUUGACUUUGCUGCAUUCCGAAAAGCCUUUGAUAAUCCGAUUUUUCCUGAUGUUUCUGAAGAUAGGAUAUCAUGGAGAGAAGGCUUGGAAAGUCGUAUAUUCGAAAUGGACGAGUUAGAUUGUUGUAGAUGCUUUUCCAAUGAAGAAGAUGAUGCCAAUGAUCGCAAUGAUCCCUAUGAAUCCUUUUCUUGUCGUGAGGUAGUCGAUUUUGAUUCUGAUAGAAUCGAGAAUAGUUCUCGUGAGCCUAUAAACCUUGAAAACGAAGAAAAACUCAUUUCCGAGGAAGGAACUACUAGUGUAUCUCUCGAGUUCGACAAUGGUGAUGAAAUUUUGGAUGUGGUGAAAGAUUCUAGUUGGAAAGUGUGUGAGAAUCAGUUGUUCAAAGUAUGAUUCUUGUGUUGUCUGGCCUGAGUUUGCUACAUUUUUUGCUUUUAUUACAUUCUAGAAUGUGUUCACAAUAUCUCAUUUCUUUCUUUCUACAAAUAAAAUUGUUGAAAAAAUUGAUAUUAAUAAUUUAAUUUUUUAUUCAUUCGCUAUGAAUAAUUUUACUUUUGGAUUAUUUUUUUAAUAAUCUAACCUUUGCCCUUAGUUUGCUAUUCGCAAAACUUUUUAUUUUAUAACAAUUUAACUUCUACCCUUAAAUUACUAUUAGCAUAUCUUAUUAGUAUGCUGACAGCAAAGUAAGGGCAAAGAUUAAUUUAUUCAAAAUAAUUUAAAGUUAGAAUUAUUCACAAUGAAUGUGUGAAAGGUUGAAUCAUUAAUAUCAAUUUUUCCUAAAUUAUUUAAGAUAUUUAUUUGUUAUAGGCUAAUGCAUCAGUAUUUUACAAUU